CAAAAUGGUCCGACCAAAGGGACGGCCCUCGGCUCACGCGGCUCGAGGGCCGCCAUUUCCGGAAAAAAAACACCAUUUUGUUUGUUUUUCCGUAAAUUCAGCUUUGCGUGGUUUUUGAGCGUGAUUUUGCAUGACAGGUUGCCGGUGUUGCGUUUUUCUCACGAUUUUCACGUUGUCGGUCGUGUUUGGAAAGAGCUUCCCCAAGCACGUGAGCCUUGUGGCGGCAGGGAACCGCUCACGGGUGCAAAGGCGUGGUUUCAGACUCACAGUUUUUCUUGACCUCACGUGCCCUGUGCCCAGACUUCGACGUGCAGAUCUUCUCGCAGUGGAUCCAAUUCGUGCUACUGGGGACUCUUUGGCUGGGCACCUGUGCGGAUUGGUGUCAACUCGGCCUUUGAGCAGUGUUUCAGGUUUGGUCCUGGAUUUUGAAGGUCGUGUUUUCGCGCUGCCCCGUGCCAGGCUUUGUUUUGACAUCGAGGCAUACUGCCCGGACCUUCGCUGUUUCCGUUGUCAUGGCCAUCAAUGCCAACUGAUCUUCGAGGUUUGGGUCCGAACUCGCCAAUCUGUCAGGCCCCCUGAUCUUUGGCCUAGCGAGGCCCGGACACCCCCCCCGUCCCGUGCCAGGAUUUGCGCGACUCGCGUUGCUUUUUUGUGUGCUUUUCCCAACCCCGUCAAGCCGCGCCGUCAGGCCCGUGUAUCUUUGGAAAUCGUGACCUCGUUGAGCCAGGCACUGCGAACUUUUGAGCUUCCGCCCGGGCCCUCGCCGCGCUCCAUUGUCAUGGCCAAGAGGUCCCGUGCAGGUUAUUGUCAUUUGAUCUUUGUCACCAAUCUGUCAGCCCCCUUGAGCUUUGACCCAGUGAAGCCCUGACGGUCCGUCCCGAGGGUCCCUGCGAUCUUUGUGGUUCCUGGGGUCCCUGGGUCCCUGGGCACGCGUGCGUCUGCAGGUGCCAUGAAGCAACGUCCUUCCAUCAAGACGUCUGGAUGUGGGUCAGCCAGUCUGACGGAUGGACGCUGCGAAGCCUUGCAAGGCUUGGCCCGACCGACCUUCAGGCCGCGAGUGAAAAGGAGGAGGAGCAUUUAAACCCGUGCGUUGGUGUUGCCAAAGAAGCCAGUCAAUCUUGUGUUUGCUCUGGAAACUUGGCUCGAGGGUAC